CAGCUAACUCCUCGUUUAUCGGCUUGACGGUUUCGGAUUCUUUUUUAAAGAAGUUCGAGACAUUCGUUCAAGUUUUUGACUGCAAAGUUGUUGAUCAGACAAUGGCUGGGGUCCCAAAACCAAUUGUUGGCCUGAAAGUUGAGUACACUAAGCUCUUCAUCAACAAUGAAUAUGUUGACUCUGUCAGUGGGAAGACCUUUCCAACCAUUGACCCAAGCAACGAACAAAAGUUAGCUGACAUUCAAGAAGCUGACAAGGAGGAUGUGGAGAAAGCAGUAGCUGCAGCAAAGAUGGCAUUCAAAAGAAAUUCAGCUUGGAGAAGAAUGGAUACAACUCAGAGAGGAGCUUUGCUCUUUAAACUAGCCGAUCUUAUGGAGAGAGAUAGAACCAUUUUGGCUACUUUGGAGACAAUGGACACUGGUAAACCCUUCCUGCAAGCCUAUUAUGAAGAUUUGGAAGGUACCAUUGGGCAUUGUAGGUUCUUUGCUGGUUUGGCCGACAAAAUUAAUGGAGACACCAUUCCUCUUGAUGGCUCUGAUUUAUUUUGCUACACUAGAAGGGAGCCUGUUGGCAUUGUUGGCGCCAUUUCACCGUGGAAUUUCCCAAUCCACUUGGCUAUCUGCAAAAUCGCCCCAGCAGUGGCUGCUGGUUGCGUGGUCAUCCUGAAGCCAGCUGAGCAAACGCCACUGACAGCUGUUUAUCUGGGUCACCUGAUCAAGGAGGCGGGGUUUCCAGCGGGGGUUGUGGGGAUCUUGCCGGGCUACGGGCCAACAGCGGGGGCUGCCCUAGUCAACCAUAAAGACGUCAACAAGAUCACCUUUACCGGGUCUACUGAGGUGGGGCAGUUGAUCUUACAAGGGGCAGCCACCUCGAAUUUGAAGAGGGUCACAUUAGAGUUAGGGGGUAAGAGCCCCAACAUCAUAUUCCCUGACGCCGAUUUGGACUACGCCGUGCGGAAGUCGCACGACGCGGUGAUGUACAACAUGGGGCAGGUCUGCUGUGCCGGGUCCAGGACCUACGUGCAUGAAGCCAUCUACGACGAGUUCCUCAAGAAGAGUGUGGAACUCGCCAGCAAGAAAUCCGUCGGAGAUCCCUUCAACGCCAGCAACGAGAAUGGGCCGCAGAUCGACGGUGAGCAGAUGCAGAAGAUCCUGGAGCUUAUCGAAUCGGGCAAGCGUGAGGGAGCCAAGUUGCUGUGCGGUGGGGAGAGGAUCGGCGACAAAGGGUUCUUCAUAAGGCCCACUGUGUUUGCUGAUGUCAAGAAUAGCAUGAGGAUUGCCAAGGAAGAAAUCUUCGGACCGGUCCAGUCCAUCCUGAAAUUCAAGACCCUAGACGAGGUAGUUGAGUUGGCGAACGACACUCACUAUGGUCUGGCGGCCGCAGUCUUCACUAAGGACAUCAACACGGCCAUCUCCGUUUCCAAUUCACUGGAAGCCGGCACUGUUUGGGUGAACUGCUAUAACGAAUUCAAGGCUCAGGCGCCUUUUGGUGGCUACAAAAUGUCUGGACAGGGCAGAGAAUUUGGAAUCAAUGGUCUGGACCAAUUUCUAGAGACGAAGACAGUUUUUGUGAAGCUCGGUCAGCCAUCAGCUGAAUAAAAUGGAACCUAUUAUAGUUAAAAAUUUACUGUUUUGCUUUGACUAUUUACUUGUUUGGUUAUCUUUCGUUUGAGUUUUGAACUUUCAUAAAAUUUUUUGGCGAGGAUUUUGUUGUUGUUCACUCACUCAAUCAAUCAGUGCAUUCAUUCAUUCGUUCACUAGAAUUUAUAUAGCGCAAGAAAUUAUUAUUAUCAACAUUAUUUUAUUACAUAUUAUUAUUUUUAUU